UUUUAGUGGUGGAGCCAAUUUAUUUCUGAAAUGAUCUCAUUUACCUGAAAGAGGAGUACAUAUUUAUUUUCAGGAUAUAUGAGGAAUCCAAGAUGAAUUUGGAGCAGGAGAGGCCAUUUGUCUGCAGUGCUCCAGGCUGCUCCCAGCGCUUCCCAACAGAGGACCACCUGAUGAUUCAUAGGCACAAGCAUGAAAUGACUUUGAAGUUUCCCUCAAUAAAAACAGAUAAUAUGUUAUCAGAUCAGACGCCAACUCCAACAAGAUUCCUGAAAAAUUGUGAGGAAGUGGGCCUCUUCAACGAGUUGGACUGUUCCCUGGAGCACGAGUUCAGGAAAGCCCAGGAAGAGGAGAGCAGCAAGCGGAACAUCUCGAUGCAUAAUACGGUCGGUGGAACCAUGACAGGGCCCGGAGCUCACCAGCUUGGCGGCUCCAGGAUGUCCAACCAUGACACCAGCGUUGUGAUUCAGCAAGCCAUGCCGUCUCCUCAGUCCAGCUCCGUCAUCACACAGGCCCCGUCCACCAACCGCCAGAUUGGGCCUGUCCCAGGCUCUCUAUCUUCUCUGCUACACCUCCACAACAGACAGAGACAGCCCAUGCCAGCCUCCAUGCCCGGGACCCUGCCCAACCCCACAAUGCAGGGCUCCUCCGCCGUCUUGAUGCCAAUGGAGAGACAAAUGUCCGUGAACUCCAACAUCAUGGGGAUGCAAGGCCCAAAUCUCAACAACCCUUGUGCUUCUCCCCAAGUUCAGCCAAUGCAUUCAGAAGCCAAAAUGAGGUUGAAGGCCGCAUUGACUCACCACCCUGCCGCCAUGUCAAAUGGGAACAUGAGCACCAUGGGACACAUGAUGGAGAUGAUGGGCUCCCGGCAGGACCAGACGCCACACCAUCACAUGCACUCACACCCGCAUCAGCACCAGACACUGCCACCCCAUCACCCCUACCCGCACCAGCACCAGCACCCGGCACACCAUCCUCAUCCUCAAGCCCAUCACCAGCAGAAUCACCCCCAUCAUCACUCUCAUUCCCACCUUCAUGCACACCCAGCGCAUCACCAGACCUCUCCACACCCGCCCCUUCAUUCCGGCAACCAAGCACAGGUAUCACCAGCAACACAACAGAUGCAGCCGACCCAGACGAUACAGCCGCCGCAGCCCACAGGGGGACGCCGGCGGAGGGUGGUGGACGAGGACCCCGAUGAGCGCCGGAGGAAAUUUCUGGAACGGAACCGGGCAGCUGCCACCCGUUGCAGACAGAAGAGGAAGGUCUGGGUGAUGUCACUGGAAAAGAAGGCAGAAGAACUCACCCAGACAAACAUGCAGCUUCAGAAUGAAGUGUCCAUGUUGAAAAACGAGGUGGCACAGCUGAAACAGUUGUUGUUAACACAUAAAGACUGCCCCAUAACAGCCAUGCAGAAAGAAUCACAAGGAUAUCUAAGUCCAGAGAGUAGCCCUCCUGCGAGCCCUGUCCCGGCUUGCUCCCAGCAACAAGUCAUCCAGCAUAACACCAUCACCACCUCCUCGUCUGUCAGUGAGGUCGUAGGAAGCUCCACCCUCAGUCAGCUCACCACUCACAGAACAGACCUGAAUCCAAUUCUUUAAAACCCAAGGCCUCAGACCUUGCCUCCUAGAAGAGCUGUAGCGUACCUUCUAAGGGCGUUUCUAGAAUGAUCUCCGACCUGGAAGACUCCUCAACCCUUCAAAGACUGACUUUCAUUUUUUUUAAUAGUUAUUAUGGAAAUGUCUUUUAUACUUAGUUAUAUAAGAAAAAAAAAGGGAGUUAUGCAAUUAAUACCUGUCCGCUUGGGAAAUGCUUUGGUGCUUUUCUCCAAUUUUCUGGUACCAGUUACUUGUUUAUAAAUUGAACCCUUUCUGUACAUAGUCAUGGCUUCAUACUAAACAGUCCCACUCUUUACCUGAAACAGUGAAUCAUGUGAAACUGCAGCUUUUAGCCAAAACGAGGCCUGCGUGAUUUUCAGGUAGAACCCACUGGAAGUGACCAACGGCAUCGUAACACGUGUUGUGUUUUUGGCAGUCACAUCACCAGUUCUCAGAUAAACACAGAGCCUUUCCCACAAUUUCCUUUUCUCUUAUUAUAACAAAAAUGUAUAAGAUCCAUUGAUGUCCAGCCCAAAUCACCAAGCAUCUCACCAGCCUUUUGGGCCACUUGCUCCCUUGUUCCGUUUUCCUCUCUAUUUCCAGUUUUUCCCUUGGGCUCACUAUUUACUCUUCAUUUCUACUAUCUUUUUUCCCCUCCUUUAGCCUUUUAUGUAAAAAUGAAAAAAAAAGUUUAAAGAAA